AUGGCCGCCAUUACACCUCUCGCUCAUCGCUCUCCUCUGCACCUUCCUCCUAUAUCUGCUACACACCCUAGAUUCCAUGGCGUCAAGAGACCACCCACUCGUCUCUUCUCUUGUAUCAAACCCUUUCCUUCUCUAUCCAUUCGAAACCCUAAUUCCAUCCGAAUUACUGCCUCAUCCGCUUCGCCGUCUACCUGCACCCCGAUAACUUCGCUCAAACCGGCGGCGAAAUCCACUACUCGGCCAUCCACACUCACCGGGUCGACUCGGUCUCUCGCCACUCUCGUGGCUUUGACAAUCGCUGUAUCCAGAGCCUUAGCCCAUAAAUUCUCUCUUGCAAUCCAGACAUCGAGCCCCGGAAUCGGUGACGCGUUACGAUUCUCUCUCCGUACCGUCGGUCCGGUCUUCUUCGCAUCGCUCCGGGAACGGCCGCCGGGAUACUUGAACACGCCGCUGACGGUGGUGGCGGCGGGAUUAAAGAAGUGGCUUGAUAUAUACAGUGGGGUUUUGAUGGUAAGGGUUUUGCUGAGCUGGUUCCCUAAUAUCCCUUGGGAGAGACAGCCGUUGUCGGCCAUUAGAGACCUCUGCGAUCCUUACCUGAACCUCUUCAGGAACAUCAUUCCUCCAAUUUUCGACACGCUUGAUGUCAGUCCGUUGCUUGCUUUCGCUGUUCUGGGCACACUCGGGUCGAUUCUUCACGGCAGCACGUGA